AAAAAAAGAUGAGAACACUUGGAAGAGGUUUUAUUAGUAAACGAUAAAACUGAAGACAAACUGAAAAUCAGAAACAGCAGAGGCGUUAAGGCUAAGGCAGUGAGGCACCUUCCCUCAUUUCGUCGUUUUGUACUCUGUAGUGGUAGUUUAACUUGCAAGCCACAUCGCCCACUUCCCCUCUCUAAUUCUUGCAAACUUAAGUAUUUUCAAAUUCAAUUGAAAGCAACCUCCCAUAAACACAAUGUUGCUUGAUACUGCUUCAAUUAAUCCACCUACAUCCCAAGUCACCCAUUUCUGAUUCUUUGUUAGCACACCUACCAAAAUCUUUUUUACUAUUGUUUUUGAGGAGAUAGAAAUGAGCUUUGAAGAUCUUGAAUUGAGCAAUUCUUUUUAUGUUCAAGGAGGGAGUGGAUCAUGGGGACGACAAACAAAGCAAACCAUCACAAACCCAUCUGCUUCUGAUAAUCGUCAGUCCAUAGUAAUUGGCGUGUUUAAAAUAAACACAGCUUUGACAAACUUUCAACGCCUAGUUAGCACCCUUGGAACCCCCAAAGACACUCUUCAAUUUCGCCACAAGCUGUUAAGGCUUCUAUUUAAUCUCUUCUACCAUAGUACAAGGCAGCAAAUUGGGGAAUUGAUAAAAGAAACUUCAGCUAAGCUUAAGCAAGCCAUUGAAUCUGACAAACAUUCUCAAUCCAGUGCCACCAAGAAGAUUGCCGAUGCUAAGCUUGCCAGGGAUUUCCAAUCAGUUCUUAAAAAGUUCCAAAAGGCUCAGCAACUUGCAGCACAGAGAGAAGCAGCUCACACUCCUUUCAUUUCCCAGCCAAUCAAUCUAUCCGGCAGCCCAGAGCUUCAAACAAGUUCAUCUACCGGUCCCGAGAGCAGUUCUAUCCUUCUGGAAUCCAAAAGACAGGACGUCGUACAGUUGGACCAUGAGAUUGUUCUUAACGAAGCCAUCAUUGAAGAAAGAGAGCAAGGAAUCAUGGAGAUCCAGCACCACAUUGGUGAACUGAAUGAGAUGUUCAAGGAUUUGGCUUUAUUGGUCAAUGAACAAGGAAUUAUGCUGGAUGAUAUCAGUUCCAAUGUUGAGAGCUCUCAUGAUGCAACUGCACAAGCUGCCCAGCAACUCACCAAGGCAUCAAAAAUUCAUCGAUCUACUUCAUCUAUGAGCUGCUUGUUGUUGGUGAUAUUUGGGGUCAUCCUGCUAAUUAUAAUUGUACUGAUGCUAGCAUAAAGAAUUUUUCUUCCAAGUUACUACAUUGUAGCCUUUUCAUCUCCUAAGGGUAUGGAAUCCAAUUCUACCUGCGCAGUCUGCUUAUGUAGAUAAUUCGUAUAGCCUUCGAGGUACACAUGUAUAGUAAAACAAUCUAUAGGCAUUGCCCGCUAUCUGUUCA